AUGGAGAUUGACGGCGCUGAGGCGCUGCCUUCGCGGCCGAAGCACCCAAGGGCUCCAGAAGAGCCUGGAAUUGAGACAGAGUCACCCAGCAAGCGCCAGGCUUCUAAGACAUCGGCAGUAAUUCCCGCUCCUGUGGUGUUUCCCUGGCGAACCUGCCACGAUGAAGACGAUGUCAAUCGGCUCAAAAUCAAGGAGAAAGCUGUUCAGCGUGCGGAAGAGGAGUGCAGAAGAAUCCGAGGGAUUCUUGACCACUUCCUCAAAACAAACGAACUUGACAGGAUGGACGCCAUAAUCAUGGGAAAACAGAUGAUCGAGCACUGGAUUACUGAGCAUGAUCGCAUUCGCCGGAAGCACCAGAAUCUCCGGAUUUUAGUCGGAGUCGAAGGUCCGACCGGAGCUGGAAAGUCGUCUUUCUUGGGCUCACUGCUCGGCAUUUCUGAGUUGUUUCCGUCAGGACAGGAGGCGGCGGCCACUGCAGUGGUUGGAAAAGUCAGCUGGAACUGGGUUGAUGCACCUGGGUUUGAGUUCAGAGCCAAAGUGAUCUUCCGAAAUAAAGCAGACGUCGAGCGCGAUCUUGAGAACCUUUUGCAAGAUUUGAAUCAGUUGUCAAGUCUGUUGGUCGAGAAUGCGGAGAACGCCAAGAACCAAGGCGGUCUAGCCAAAGACCAGGCAGAUAGUAUCUCCGUCAUACGAAGCUCGAUCGAGCACCAACUCCCUAAGGUCAACGCUGUCUGGGGUUUCGAAGAGGCUGCUCUUGCGGAACUGGCGCGCCCAUGCCCAGAAGAAAGUUCCUACUCUCAGAUGGUGCAGAACAUUCUGAACACCAAUCCGAAAGCCCUGCACUUUCUUAACUCGGGUAUUGAGAGAUUCAACGCAAGUAAAUCGAAAGACCUUGCGGAUGCGAUCAAGCCGUUUCUUGACUCGACUCCCGGCAAACAUGGCGGUUUCAAUCAGUUUUCGGCGUGGCCGUUGGUCAAAGAAGUCCGUAUCUACACCAAAGCUGAUAUUCUCAAGACUGGGAUUACCCUGGUCGAUCUACCUGGAUGCGGUGAUGUUGUAGAGAGUCGCUCCGAAGUGGCUGGACAGUUUUCCAAUCGCCUCGAUGUCCGGCUUGUUGUGAGCCCUAUUAUCCGCGCGACUGAUGAGAAGCAAGGCCAAGCCUUGAUGCGAAAUGGUUUCGAUGAAGCGCAAAUGAAAAUAAGUGGGAAACUUAAUGGGCAUGGAUUUUGUGUCAUCAUGUCAAAGAUGGAUGAAAUGAAGGUUGAUACUUACAUCUCACAAUGCCCAGACUUGCAUCGCAAUCAAGAAGUCAUUCAAAAGCUCAACGAGCUUGCGAAUCUCAAGCAGGAGAAAGACUCGUUGAAGCCCAUGCACACCGUUCUCAAAGAAAACAAGAAGACCGCUGAAAAACAGAGAGGGAAAGCACAGAAGGCCUAUGACAAGGCCAUUCGCAAACAUGAGAAGAAGCUUAAGAAAAACCCAAACGGGAGUGGUGAGCACUUAUCCGCGCUUCGAAUAGAACGAGACCAGCUAGCACAAGCAUUCGAGAGAGCAGACAACCAACUUAAACAACAUGAGGCACGAAAGACAAAGAUUUCGAAAGACAUGUCAUCCAUCAGCGACUGGCUACACCAUCGCUCAGUACAGACUCGGAACGCCCGUGUCAUUCAGCGAAUCCGUGCCGACUUUGCCAGGCGACAGCGGAACAUGGGCCGUGGUGGAGCUUCUAGACAGCAUGAACAUCAAAAUGAGUACCAACUUCCCAUUCUCCCGGUCUCAACACAUGCCUUUUGGCAACUCCACAGUGGAGAUACUCACAUGGCGGGAUUUCCAAGCCUCAACUUCACUGGUGUUCCCUUUGCAGGACAAUGGCUACAUCGAGCCACCUUGAGCAAACGAGAGAAACACCUUGAUGAGGUGCUGGAAGAGUACCAAAAUUUAUUCACGAUGAUGCAGAUAUACUCUUCCCCCAAUGGCCUGGACGGUAAAUUUAAUUUCACCCGAGAGCAGGUUGAAGAGGUUCUGGCAGAAACCCAUAAGCUGUAUACACAAAAACUCGGCGCUACACUACGUGAAUCUUGUGCCGCGAUCCAGCGACUGAAUCCUUUGGAGCUCAAAGAUGAAGCCAAGCAGAGGUUCCUUGAUGAGGCUCUCCGCAUUGUUCAGAAAUGGAGCUACAAGUUCCCCGACGAUGAACAUAACAUCGAAAGGAUGCAUUGGUGCACGUAUAUGGCCAACCUCAAUCGCGAUGGUUUAAAGUUCAGCAGCUAUGCAACUGGUGUCACGUACACUUGGAUGGAACACUUAGUCGAACCGAUCAUGAAGUCUAUCAGUAAUGAUUGGGAUGACAAGAUCAACAAGCGACUGCCAACGAUCAAGUCUCCCAUGAUUUUGGGAUACUCACAGGUCUUCACACAGUAUCUGAAUGAGUUGAAUCGUCUCAUCAGUGACAAGGUGCCAUCAUUGGCAGUCAGCUUCAGCAAUGUGCGACCGAUCUUGGAAAAUUCACAGCGAGCUACAGAGCUCAAGGUUCGCGACGCUUUAAGCGAACUUUCGAACAAUAUCGCUCAUGUCGCUUCCGUUGCUGACGUGCACAUGGCCGUUCAAUGGAGGACGACAUUCCGGGCUGCUCUGUUGGACACUGGCAUCGGUUCUUAUCAACGACGACAGGACAUCAUCGAGAAAAAGAUCAAGAGAGAUGUUAAGGCUAUAUGCCAGAAGACGAUCAAACGUCUCGAAACGGGGGUUGAAGAGCAGAAGGCCUUGGUUCCCAAACAAAUGUCCAAGAUUGUGACCGAAGAAAUGCUGAACGUCAAACAGCAGAUGUCUUUUCUGGUCAACAAUCUUGUCGAGAACUUUGAGGCAAGUCCGGAGAAGGCAGAAGUGAAAACGAACCUACAGCAGAUGAUCCGUCAUCAUGUUGAAGCCUGGGAAGCGGCCUGGGCUCAAAAGGGAAACUACGGUGAGCACAUCCUCGAUCUGGAUCUCAGCAUCCCAACCGUGAUGCCAGAGCCCGUCGAUGAGGAGAACGCUUCAUCUGAGACAUCUGAGACUGAAGACGACUCAUCGUCAGAAGAUGAGAUUGCUGCGUCUGACGCAGACAGCCAGUACCACAUCUGA